GCGGCGGCGCGGCGGAGCGCGGGCGGCGGCGGGCGGCGUGACCCCGCCGGGGGGCGGCCGCGCUGCAUGGGGCCGGGGGCCGGCCGGCAUGGAGGGGGUCCUGUACAAGUGGACCAACUAUCUGAGCGGCUGGCAGCCUCGGUGGUUCCUUCUCUGUGGUGGCAUCCUGUCCUAUUAUGACUCUCAGGAAGAUGCCUGGAAGGGUUGUAAAGGAAGCAUCCAAAUGGCUGUUUGUGAAAUUCAAGUUCAUCCUGCAGAUAACACACGAAUGGACCUGAUUAUCCCAGGGGAACAGUACUUCUAUCUGAAGGCAAGAAAUGCAGUUGAAAGGCAAAAGUGGCUGGUUGCACUUGGAACUGCCAAAGCCUGUCUGACUGACAGCAGGACACAAAAGGAAAAAGAGUUCACUGAAAACACAGAAGCCUUGAAGACCAAAAUGUCUGAACUUAGACUGUACUGUAACCUCCUUGUUCAGCAAGUGCAUAAAACAAAGGAAGCCAGCAUUUCUGGUGUGUCAGAACCAGAGAGUGAGAUUGAUAUGGGAGCUCUGUUGAAAUCAACAUGUGACACUUUCCUGAAGACUCUUGAAGAAUGUAUGCAGAUUGCAAAUACUGCCUUCACUUCUGAGUUAUUGCAUCAGACCCCACCUGGAUCCCCAAAUUUAGCAAUUCUCAGAACGAGCAAGGUAAAGCACUCUGUCUUGUCCAGUCACACCUCAACAGAAAGGCAGGUGGAAUUGAACCCCUGUGAAAAUGGCUGUGUAAAAGCAGAAGUUAACCAUCAAGAGCAAGCAGUUAUUAAAAGUAUGGAAUGUUUAAACUUGGAAACAAAUGAGGGGGCUGGUGGUGUUUAUGUUGAAGAUCAUAUAGCAAAGGAUUUGGCAGACAUUAAAGAUGAUGGAGAGGACAAGCUGCAAGCUGUAGAAGGCUGUGGUGCCCACAAGAUGCUGCAGUCAGAAACAAAUUCUUCAAGUGGAUUGACUCUGUGUGAGGAGGAAAGAAAUGAAAAUGAUUCUCCUACCUUCUUCAGUGUCAUGAGCAACAGGUUCAGUGACAUUGAGCUUCGGGAGGAAGAGGGCAUACCAACAGAGGAGUUCCUGGAGUCGUGUUAUGCAAUCGUGCCUGUUCUGGACAAGCUGGGACCAACUGUUUUUGCUCCAGUUAAAAUGGAUUUUGUAGGCAACAUCAAGAAAAUAAACCAGAAAUUUAUAACCAACAAAGAAGAGUUUGAUACCCUUCAGAAGAUUGUGCUCCAUGAAGUGAACACAGGUGUAGCACAAGUUAGAAACUCUGCCACAGAGGCUCUCCUGUGGCUGAAAAGAGGUUUAAAGUUCUUGAAAGGGUUUUUGACAGAAGUGAAGAAUGGAGAAAAGAAUAUCCAAACAGCUCUGAACAAUGCUUAUGGAAAGACAUUACGGCAGCACCAUGGCUGGGUUGUCCGCGGGGUCUUCGCUUUAGCUUUAAGGGCAGCUCCAACGUAUGAAGAUUUUGUGGCAGCUCUGUCUGUAGAUGAGUGCGAUCCUCAGGAAGAAGCAUUUUACAAAGGAAUGCAGAGGGACCUCAACAUUUACUUACCAGCCAUGGAAAAGCAGCUAAAUAUCUUGGACACUCUCUAUGAAGUACAUGGUUUGGAGUCAGAUGAGGUGGUAUAACUACAGCAAGACCACAUCUUAAAAAUUCAGGGACUGUGUCUGUUAACAAAGAUUCCUUCCAUUUUGGUUUUGGGACAUCAUUUCUGUUCAUUGUAUCUUUUCAGGUGGGAAAGGUGUUGAGUGUUUUGGGGGAAGGGUAUGUGUGAUUUUUAUAUUUUCAUUGCACUUGUGUUGCAUUUAAAUGCAGAGGUACUGUCUCUCUUUGGAUGAUCAUUGUGUCCAUGAUGAAUGUUUUGGACUGUUUCUCUUCUACCUGUGCACCUCCUCUUCUCCUCACCUCAUAAAGGUAACAGAGCAGAAUUUGGCCUUUGCUGCUGUACCUAAGGAGAGACCUGCUCAUGCAGCAGAGCUGUUGUGUCACCAGCUGGCACCCAGGCAGGUGCUGCUGCCUCUGACUCUCCCAUUUCCUGUGCCCACUCCCUGCCAUGGUGUAAGAGGAUAGUGAGAGUUAUUGAUACCCUGGUGGCAGAAAAGAAGGACAGCUUAACACCAGCUUAUAAUGUGGUGAGUUUGUCCCUCAAUUUGGGUUGAAGCUCUUUAAUGCAAAUAAUAUAUUUGCAUGACAUAAAUAUUUAUUAAAUUAAAUAAACAUUUUAAUCCAAAUAUUAUGGAGAGCUUCACCACAGGUGUAUGUGGCUGGUGGUCUGAGUGGCCCCAAGGUCUAGCCUUUGAAACAAGAUGUUGUGUUCCCUGACCAGCUUCCAGUACAUGCUGUGGCUUCCCUACCAUGUAAACCUUGUAGGUUUUAGGGGUUUCUUGAAUCAAAUUCAUGCAAAACUAUAAUACUUGCUUUUAAGUUGAAUAGAGUUAGCAGUUUGAAAAGUAGGUAUCAUUAAAAUCCUUCCUAGACUGUCAUUAUGGGCAGAAACCUCAUGCAAGGGGACAUGAGUAAGGUAUAGUGGAAGCUAAAAUUUGUGAUGGAGCUAUUAAACAUGGGGCCAAUUACAAAUCUCAAAUUUUGAAAUUAUUUAGAAGUGACUAAAAAUUAGGAAAGAUUUCCCCCUUUUCCAAUUUUGCCAGAUAAAAACGUGUUUGUUAGCAUUGCUGCUAUUAAAAAUAAUGAAGAGCUUCUUCUGGCUGGUUAGCAACAAAAUUUCUAGUUGAAUUCUUGACUCCAAAGCAUAAGAAGGUCUCUCUGUGUUGACCUAGGGCUUUGGAUGGCUUUGUACAAAGAGCUGAGUUUAACUCAUGUGCAGGAGUGGUGAAGACUCUGCUAGUGAGGUGCUUAGAAUUAGUAAGUUUUCAUAAAUACAGAAGGCAGUGUUGCCAUACUCACAGAAGUAGUGCUGGCUUUUGCUAGGCUAAAACCAGUGUUGUUAGUAAAAUGAAUGUAUUGCAGACCUGCUGCCCUGCAUUGCUCUGUGACAGGAGCCUCUGCACAGUGAAUACUUGAUCCUUUCUAAAGAACCUAGCAUUGUGAGCUUUAAGAAAAGCAUGUGAUACUUGAAGAGAAGGCCAACAUCAAACUUAGUGUAUAAAGAAAGAUACCAAGAAUCUAAUCAGACAUUAAUAGAGUCAUAGAAUAUGCUGUGCUGGAAGAGACCCAAGGGGUCAGGAUCAUCAAGCCCAACUCCUGCUCCUGCACAGGACACCCCAAGAAUCCCACCAUGUGCCUGAGAGCAUUGUCCAAAAGCUACUUGAUCUCAGAUGGGCUCAGUGACCAUUUCCCUGGGGAGCCUCCAGACCCUUCACCAUCCUUGUGGCCCUCCUUUGGACAUUCUCUGACAGGUUAAAUGGGUUUUUUAUACUGUGGCACCCAAAACUGCCCCCAGCACUCGAGGUGAGGCCACCCCAGCUCAGAGCAGAGCCGGACAAUCCCCUCCCCUGCCCGGCUGGCAGUGCUGUGUCUGCCCCCCCAGGACAGGGCUGGCCCUCUCAGCUGCCAGGGUGCUCCUGACUCAGAUUCAGCUUGCCAUCAACCAGGACGCCCUGAGCUCUCUGCAGUGCUGCUCUCCAGCAUCUCAUUCCUGUCUGUGCACACAACCAGGACUGUCCUGUCCCAGGUGCAGAAUCUGGCACUUGCCCGUGCUAAACUUCAUGAUUUGGUGAGUGCCUCUCUCUAAUUCUUCAGGGUCUCUCUGCAGGGCCUCUCUGCCCUCAAGAGAAUCUCAGUUUAGCUCCUCCCAUUUGGUGGUGUUGGCACACUUACUUAGCAUCCCUUCCAGUCCUGUGUCCAAGUAAUAUAUGAAGAUGUUGAAAAGCACAGGGCCAAGGAUGGAACCAUUUGGAACUCCACUAGGGACAGGACAUCAGCCUGAUGAGUCACUACAGCCAUUUGUGCCCAACCCAUGAGCCAGUUGCUCACUGAUCAUGUAACGUGGUUAUUGAAUUGUCCAGAAGGAUACUGUGAGAGACAGUGUUGAAAGCUUUGCUGAAGUCCAAAAAGAUGACGUCGGCUGGCUUUCCUAGAUAAUUAAGUGGGCUACCCUGUCAUAGAAGGAAAUCAGUUUUGACAAUCAGGACUUCCCUCUCAUGAAGCUGUGCUGACUGUGACCAAUGACUGCAUUGUCUUUCAGGUGUUUUUCAAUACCUCCCAGAAUGAUCCUUCCCAUGAUUUUACCUGACACUGAAGUGAGACUGACAGGCCUGUAAUUCCAAGGUCCUUCUUCUUCCCCUUCUUGAAAAUCGGGACAAUGCUUGCCAGCUUCCAGUCAGCUGGGAUCUCUCCAGGUUCCCAGGAGACUGUUUAAAUAGUGUGACUUCUUACUCUUCUCUGAGUUUUACUCAUCUGUAGUUCCUAGGUACUCAAGAGGGAUCAGAAGGAAUCAGGUUUUAGUUUUGUGGAUUUUCUUAAAUUAAGUAUGUGUGUGAGUACAAAGUUGAAACUUUUGACCAAAGCUCUAUUCAAUUAUUUCACUACUCACAGUGCUAAAAAUGAAGCUCAGAGCUUUUGGAAUUUGGUUGUCUGCAACUUCUAAGCAUGAAUCCAAAGAAACCACCCCUGUAGGAGAACAACCAACUUUUCACCCUGUGUGGUUUCCUCAUGUUCUGUGGGAAACUUCACUGUAACAGUUUUUAGCUGAAUGGUCUGGAAAGAAGACCACAUUUCCACACAAUAUCAGCUAGGUUAUGUGAAGAUCAGGAAGAGAUCCUUCUUCUCUAGAAAUUAGCUGUCAGAUCAUGAAAAAAAAUUGAAUUCUUUUUUGCCCUAGGUUUUUCCAGUAGUAGGAAAGUAUAUUCAGAUCAGAGUGUUUGGGGGUAUUUUUGGGGUUUCCGUUUUGUUUUGGUUUGUUUUUUAACUAGGAGGAGAACCACUAGUUUGUUGGGUGUGCAUCAGAUGCAAAAUUUGUUUCAAAAAGUCAGGAGGCUUUAUUUUGUAGGCAAGGAGCAGCUUCAUUGGGCCACUAGCUCCAGUUACUAAGUUCUACCAUUCUUCUGUCAUCCAACGAGCAAGGAGAGUGUUCCACAUUACUUAUUCUCUAAUCAGCAUGGCAUCCUGCCUCAGAGCAGGCUUUCUCAUCUUACUGUUUUGUGUAAAGUUGUUUUUUCUGAACUCUGGAAUUGGUGCUUGAGAACGUUUUCAGGAGACCCCUCUGUGCUUGUUGUUACACAGGGGCCUUGCAGAGAAUGAAUUGAGCAAGGUCUCCUUGCCUUCAAAACUUGCACUUCUCCAUGCACUGCUCUUGCAGGGCGUUGAGCACUUCUAAGACUUCUGAAUGCUAUCUCUGCAGUCAAACCACCACUGAGAAGGAAACCCAUGGAGCAUGUUGCAGAGCUGAGCUCCAAGUUACACUUCUCAGGAUGUAGUAGGCCAUGGCCCAGUGGAAGCAAAUGCACUGGUGGACAACUCACUGUCUUUUUCUGUGGUGUCAGUUUGGCAAGCAGAGAGGAUGGCAUUAGAAUUAUUGCAGAGAACAAGCAACUAAUUUUUGGCCUUCAAAUUUAGAAUUGGAGAGAAGGUCGGUGUUUUCUGUUUCAUCUCUUUGGUUUGUUGAUUGGUUAGAGUUCUUUUCUUUGUUGUGUUUUUUUUAAUGGCUGACAUUUAUGAACAACUGACCUGCACACUGAUAGACAUCCACAUGACUCUCAGAUAACAGCACCCUGGCUCUCUAUACUUCACCUGAACUGCUUUGCUUUCUUGAGUUGUGCUAGUCUGAAGUUUUGCAUCCCUUUUCUUUAGAAAUGCUUUUGGCUGUUUCCUUCAGUGUCUGACAGUUGUAUAUUCUCAGGGAUUUUACUUACCCAAGGUGAAAUAAGAGUAAUCACAGCCUUACUCUAGGGGGGAGUAAGGCUGCUUUUUGUGAAGUUAGUAUAGCUGAGUGUAGAAGUCUGAUACAGCAUGUGAGACAGGCAGUGUCUGUACAGUGUGCAUCCUUGCUGAGACAUGGUAAAUUCCAAAGCAAUCUGAUAGAAGUGCUAUGUAGUACUGAAUAAUUGCAGUCAGCAUAUUUGAAUAGAGAUCAUGAACACAUCUUUGUUGUAUAAUGGCAUUGACAUUAGAGCAGAGCUCUCAAUUUCCGUUGAGUUCUGCUUAGCAAUCGGAUACUCUUAUUUCUUUUAUUUAUUUUGUGAUUUUUUUAAUGUGUUCUUUUUUAAACAAGCUGUGUUCUGGAGUCCUCUCUGCUAUUCAAAAUCACCAUAGUUAGUUCCAUGUUGAAGUUUUGUGACAUUACAAUUGUAGAAUACGAACUGCAUACUCAAGUGCUUUAGUGUAAACAUAAUGAGUCAUUGAAAGAUCCCAUCUUGACCCUGUUGUGCUGUGGAUCUCCCUUUAACAGAUGCAUUUAAAGUUAAGGGCCAUGUACCUUCACUUGAAAGCUUUUUGUAAAGCAUCAUCAGGAUUUAAUUUACAGCUGUUUGCUUUUGAAAUCUUUCCUAGUUUGAAAAGUGUUGCUUAGUUGGUUGGACAUGUAAAAAGUAUGCCCAAAAUCUGCACCAGGUGUUUGCAGCCUGCUUUGGCAAAGGGGUGUGGGCCAUUAUAGAAAAAAGUGCUACAUAUGUCCAUAUGCAGUACCUACUGCACCCUUUCUUUUCAUUGUCACUUCAGCUUUUGUGAAAACCUUUAGGGAAGCUUAAACUGCCUUUCAGACACCAGAAAAGAUCAUUAGCCUGUUCCUACCUGGCUGUCUUGACCUUUUUCCCCACCUGGUCUUUCCUUUCUAUCCAUUGUCAUCUGCUUUGUGAAAGCUGUUGCUGUCAGAGCAAAGCCGGAUGUUUUAUAAGGCAUGCAAAUAUAAACUCAGAUAUUCAGAAAUGAAUUCUUUGGCAGGCGGUGUAAAUUGGGGCAUUUCAGACUUGGAUGUUCUGCCUCAUAGGAAUGAAAGCACAAAGUUUUUUGGUUUUGUUGUUUUAUUUUGUUGUUUUAGUUAGUACUUAUUUCUCUCCUCUUGCCUGCAUAGCACAGAUAACAAAACAGAACAGAAAAAGCAGUGUGAAAUAACGGAAUUCAUGCCUUGUUGAUGCCUUCAGUAGCCCCCUGGUGAACAAACCCUGCAAACUUCUGCUUGCUCCAAGCAAUAUAAAACCUCCCUUGUGCAGGAGGGGUGUCAUAGUGCACUUACUGCCUCUGAGCAAACCCAGGCCAUAGCUGAUCCUGCUCACAGUUGACACAAGGAUUAAAGCACUUGCUUUGAAGUUAUGACAUAGGGAUAUGCUUCACUUACACACACGUGCACCAUGCCACUGGCAUGCAGUUCUUCAAAAAGCAGUCUUAGAUUGUCAUUUUUAAUAUCCCUUUCUUGGUGUACCCACAUAUUUUGGGUAUGCUAAGGCUGGAUUUUUUGAAUAGGAAACUUCUUAUUUUCAUUUCCUUAUUUCUGCUUAACAUUAAGUAUGUCAACUUCCUUUUGCAUUUCAGCAUUCAAGGUGUCCAAAAGUUAUUGAUUCCUUUAUUCAAAGCCAUGUUGAAAGUUUGAGAUUUAUGUCUACUUGAAACUAAAUGAGUAAAUUGCAUCCCAGAAUACAAUAAUUAAACUGAAAACCAAGGCAGCUUGCUUUUAUUUUUUCCUUUCCUAUUUUCUUUUUUUCAAGCCAGUUUUUGGGCAUACAUUUUUAUCAAUGUCAAACUAAGCUUAAUGUAAGCCUUACUUUGCAUAUUUAAACAUAUACGUGCUGAAAUAUAUUUCAAGAUGAAGAGAAGGUAUAUUGCCUCACACUUUAAAUUUACUGAAUUCUAAGGGCUUGUUCGUGCCCCCCAAAUCACCUCACUCAGUGUAAGCUUUGCACAAAGUGUGCUGUCAUAAGCAGUUCAGUCUGAAAUACUCUGAAGUUUCCAGUCUGCAUCAUCUCUCAAAUCAUACAGCGUCUGUCUUUUCUUUUGGAGCGUUUUUAAGACUUUGACAGACUUUUAUAUUAUUUCAUUAUAAUAAACUUAUUUUAAAUAAGCAUGUUUUUAAACCUCCUUUUCUCCUUGCAUGGAUUUUGUUUCUUUUAUUACAAUAUAGGGCCUAAAGUGCUCUUCAGGACUCCAUUUGUUAUGGUUACUGUGUGAACAGUUGAAACCAGUAUGUUUCUGGUUGACAGAAACUGCCUGUAUGUAUCUUUGUAUGAAGAAUGUUAACACACAUGAAGCCUGUUCAGACUGUGAGAAUAAAAGCUGUGUCUGGCA